AUGCCUCUUCACCAUAAGGAACGCGUUACUUCCCCGGCAUCUGUAGCCGCCAAAAUAUCUACUCCAACUGUUGCCGUGCCGUCGGUAGCUGGAGUUGGGCCAGCGCAGGCUAAUUAUUUGCAAGCACGUGAGUCAGUAAUGCGCGCACGCCAGCUUCUGCUUGACGUACACUGGGGUCAGUUGAGCCAGCGCAUCAGGCGAGAUGCGGAUACUUGUCAUCGCCGUUUCUUUGACAUUUGCAGGCGACGCCUGGAUGUAAGUAUAUACAUAGUGAGGAAUUUUCAUAGCGUUGGCAUAUCUUUGUUUUCGCUACUUAGUGAAUUAUCUCACCGAUCCAUUUUCAAAGCAAAAAAAAUUAUUUACAUAUACAUAGUCAAUUUCACACUCUUUUUAACUAGGGAGAAAUUUCAGCCGUUUCUUCUCAUAUUUGCAUUUCUUGAACGAUACCUGCCAUCACCGCAUUUUACUCGCGAAAGUCAAAUAUUUUUAACUCUUAAUCUUCGAUUCAAAAAAAUAUUUUUUCAAUAA